AUGACUGUUCGCCAAUUGGAGGACGCCGGGCGAGGUAAAUGCGACAAAACUAACAGAAGUGAGGAACAGUUGGACACAAAACUGUUCAACCUGAAUGGGUCAAAAGAUCAAAGUCUUGACGAACUGGUGUCCGACUUGCGUACAGAGGCAUCCGGUGACCAGGACAUUAUCCGGACAUUUCUGGAUGGAUAA